AUGAUGGAUGAAUCUUCGGUCCAUGGCCGUGAGGAUCAGGCCUAUCUGCCAAGACAGGGGAACAUUCACCAGCGGGAUAGCGGAGGUCUCACAGAGGAUGUUAUGAAAGAGUACGGGAAGGAAAAGUUGGAGUCCACUAACGAGAAGGGCGGGUGGUUAUUGAAUGGCCGAAAAGAGAGUAAUGAUAAAAAACAUGAGAAAACAAUGGCGCCUGCAAAGGACACCGUGAUGGCGUCUUUUGUGAGUAAUGGGCCCAGACUGCCGGCACCCAACCUUCAGGGUUCUGUUGGAUCGGUGCCAUUGGAAAAUAUCCGUCCUGAUGACUUCAAGUAUGCGCCUUCACGCAAGCCUAACAAAUACGAUACUUCUAUGACGCAGCCGGGGAAGCUGGAUACUAUCACGGAGGAUAAUAUCAAAGAUGCCAUGAAGAUCGAUGGAACAGAUAGCUUGUUUCCGUGGCUGCAUGUUGCGAAUUUCGCUCCUUCCGGCAGGGGAAGAGCGAAUAUACCGGAUUCUAAGGUCGCGAAGGCCUACAUUUUAGAGACUUUUUACAACGACUGGUACUAUAAUAUAUCACUGAUUGUGGGAACGUGUUUUAUGUCGUGGUUGUUUGCGUACUGUGGAUUUUCGUGGUGGUCUUUGGGUUUCAUCUUCUUCUGUAGCGGAUCUGUGUUCGCAUCAGAGUACAGGAGAUUUACCGAUUCAGCUAGGGAUGACUUGAAAAGGAUUACUGUGGAGGAAACUCUCUUUGAGAAGACGGAAACUACGCUAUGGUUGAACUCUUUUUUGUCUAAGUUUUGGGUUAUUUAUAUGCCAGUACUGUCGCAGCAGGUCAAAGAUGUCGCUAAUCCUACUUUGGCUGGUGCAGCACCAGGAUACGGUAUCGAGGCUUUAUCUUUGGAGGAGUUUACGCUCGGUUCCAAAUCGCCAUCCAUUAAGGGGAUCAAGUCGAAUACCAAAGCUGGUAAGGAUAUCAUUGAGAUGAUCUUAUCAUUCGCUUUCACGCCCAAUGAUAUUUCAGAUAUGACUCAGAGAGAAGCCAAACAAAUGAUCAACCCAAAGAUUACGUUGGGGGUUACCUUGGGUAAAAGUUUUGUGUCAAAGACCCUGCCUGUCAUCGUGGAGGAUAUUAACGUGGCAGGCAAAAUGCGUGUUGUCAUUAAAUUGGGUCAAACUUUUCCCAAUAUUAAAAUCGUUUCUGUUCAACUUUUGGAGCCACCUCUAAUGGAAUUUGCCUUGAAGCCAAUCGGUGGUGAUACUCUGGGGCUUGAUGUGAUGUCAUUUUUGCCAGGAUUGAAAACUUUUGUGAAGACUAUGAUUAAUGCUAAUGUUGGGCCAAUGUUGUAUGCUCCACACCACUUGGAUAUUGAUGUCGAGGAAUUGAUGGCCGAGCAGGCCAAUGAUGCUGUUGGAGUGUUGGCAGUGACUAUUACUUCGGCUCAAGAACUGGACAGUUCAAAUACCAUUACCAAUACUCUUGAUCCCUACAUCUUUUUCAAAGCUGAGAAACCAUCUCCUGGUGCUCAAACCGACUUGUGUACCACGAUCAAAUCAGAUGUGAAAAACCCUGUUUGGAAUGAGACAAAAUAUUUAUUGCUUAACGAUUUGAACCAAAAAUUGACCAUAAGCUGCUUUGAUUUCAAUGACUUGAGGAAAGAUUCCCUGAUCGGUAGUGUUGAGGUUAAUUUACAAGAAAUGCUUCAAAAUCCCGUCAUGAAAGACAUGACAUCGGACUUGAUGCAUGGUCUGCACUCAAAGGGUAAGCUGAACUAUUCCAUGCAUUGGUUUCCUGUCAUUAGAGAGAAUGAUGAAACGGAAGCUAAUAGAGAGAAUGGAGUUCAAUACAAUAAGGGCAAUAAUAAGGACGCCGACGUGGACGAAAAGGAGGAGAAACAGAAGAAAGAUAAGGAACCUAUACUCGAUUCAGCUAAAAACGAGGAAGAAGACGAUCAGGAUGAAGAAACGGAUGCUGGUAUUAUUAAGAUAACAUUACAAAGCAUUAAGCAUCUCACCCAAAGAGGAACUUCUUCGGGCAGAUUAAGUCCUAGCGCUGUCUUGACAGUAGAUGGUAAAGAGGUCAAGAAGUUUAGAACUUUGAAGCGCAUUGACGAGCCAUCGUGGAACGAAACGGUUGAGGUCUUUGUGCCUUCUAGAAGCAAUGGCGAAAUGAGUUUGAAAGUCUUCGACGAGGACCGUAAUAAGGCGCCCAUCUGUACCUUCACUGCUCCGCUGGAAGAAGCUCUAUCUUCAUUAGAACUUGGUCAAGCAAGCGUGAAAGGUGACCCCAGAGGUGACAUUUUUAUGAACCUCGAAUGGAAGCCUGUUCGUAUUACUGGUGCAUUCGCUGCUGGUAAUGCUGUUAAGGAACCUAUUGGUGCGCUGAGAGUGCACGUUAGGGAUGUCAAUGUCGUGGGAGAUUUAGCCGGUAUCGGAGAUAUCGAUCCUUACUUCACGAUCUUGGUCAAUGGGCAUAUCAAUUACAAGUCAAGUCACUUCUCAGAAAACAGUCACCCGAUGUUCAACAAGGUCAUUUACUUGCCGGUUAUCGCAGAUAAUCAGAAUAUUUCUAUCGACGUUUAUGAUUACCAAUCAGUUGGUAAGGACAGAGCGAUAGGUGGAGCGAGGAUCCCAAUAGCCAGCGUUAUGCAAAAAGAUGCCAAAACCGGAAAAUAUAAGGCUAUGGACAAGUCCGACGAGAUCACGAAGCUGUACCUCGAGAACCGUAAAUUAAAAAGACGCGAGGACUACGUAAACGUGUCACUUUCGUUCGUGCCUAUCUCUCCAGUUUAUUCUCCCGAGGAGGCUGCUGUUGUUGUAGAGAAGAAACGAACGCUGGAACAAAGGAAGAAAGAAUUUGAAAAGACCCAGAGCGAGCUUCAAGAGAGGAAGAAGCAGAAGCCUAAUGAUUACGAAGAAGUUGAAAUCUAUGAUCCAUUUGAAGAAGAAGAACACAUGCUCUCAAAGAAGCACAUUUUAUCCUUGGAAGAAUUGUUGAAACGAAAUUCUGGUGUAUUGACAAUGCAGAUUUUCAAAGGACAGUUAUCCAAAUCUCCAGCACACCUUCAGAUUUAUGUUGAUGAAAUCGCAUUCCCGAGGUAUGUUUCACAGAAGAGCAUCAAUGGCCGUUUGAGCGAAGGAAAUGCGAGUGUAUUCAUCCGGGACUUGAAGAACAGCAAAAUUACUUUUAGGCUUUCUCAGAAACGUGUGGCUAAACAGCCAUCAGAUGUCAUUUCUGAAAAGACUGUUGAAACCUAUAAGCUUUUAAAGGAGAGCUAUGGUACAGGCUCUAGGCUCACGUUUAAUGGCUCUAUCAUUGAACUUUCAUGCUUAUACAGUCCAUCUUCGGUUGAAAUUCCGCCAUAUGACACUUGUGCGGACACUGGUUAUCUGAAACUAAAGGUGAUAUCGGCGGACAAUGUAGUUGCAAAGGAUCGUAAUGGUUACUCGGAUCCAUUCUACGAGAUUUACAUCGAUGGAUCCAAAAUCUAUAAGAGCGAGAUAAUCAAAAAGACGCUCUCACCUGUCUGGAAUGACAUCAUCGACAUCCCUGUACCCUCCAGACACCGUAACAAAGUGGAGAUCCAUUUAUUUGACUGGGAUCGUUCCGGUGACAACGAUGACAUGGGAAUGGUUCUACUUGACCUUUCGACAAUUGAACCUGAUGAGGGCUAUAAUUGGGAACUUCCGAUUAGUAUCCAAGGGACAAUUAAGUUACAAGGUACAUUCCAUGCCGAGUACAUCAAACCUGCUGUAAAUGCCAAUGAAAUCAAAAAAUCAGGGUUUGCUUCCAAGACCUUAGGCACCAUUUCUCAGACAGGCAUCGGUUCUGUCAAGACUGGGGCUGUUGGCGUUACAAAUGUUGGUCUUGACGUUGCAACAGGUGGCAUUGACCGAGGAACUCGUCUCUUAAGGAGACCCUUCCAACGUCACGAAGCCUCCAAGAAAAUGAAGAAUUUGACCAAAGAGCAGAAGAACGAACUUGGACAUGGAGAGCGCAGAUCACUAUCGAUCUCUGAGGUAAGAGCUUCCCUGGAGGCAGAUCGCUCCGUUCCAAACAAUGAUUACGCUCCCGUACAGAAUCUUGAUCCAGACACUCAACGGCCUAUUCCGGAUGGCAGCGAACCCGUCGACAGCAUUGAUGGCUCAAACUCAGUCGGUACCGCGAACCACGCCAGAAACCCAUCCACUGUCAGUAGUUUUGCCAGAACCCUGGCACCAAACGGAACAUACAAGGGCACUGUGACGAUCGUGGCCGCUGAACAGCUCAACAAGGCAGUUCAGAUUAAGAUUUCUUUAGCGCAAGGCGGAAGGCUCAAACAGUUGUACAAGACAAAGACUCAGAAAGCGGAUGACAAAGGCGUCGCAAAAUUCGACGAGAAGUGCUCUUUUAAAGCUUCUCCUCAGGCAAACUUGAUCAUUGGAGCCAUCUCGCAUCACAAGCUAACCAAGGACAAGGAGCUUGGUAUGGCACAAAUUGCGCUAAGUGACCCUCAACUGCAGCAACCUGGAGACCAGAUCGCUGUCAAGCUUUCUGAAGGAAGGAUCAUUCUCAGAAUAGACUACGCCACUGAGGCUAACGACGAAGUGCCUCCUGUUCCUUCAAUCCCUCAGCAAUAUCAAUCGUAG